CCGGCGCGGCCAUGGCGGCCAUGGCGGUGUCGGCGGUGACUCGGGGCGCGGUGGCGGGGAUCCUACGGCGCUGGGCCCCCCGGGCGCUCCCGCUCUCCGCCCUCCCCGCACGGUGUGUCGGGCACGGACCGGCCCCGGCCCCGCUCCGGACCCCGCUCUGGGCACCGCGGCUGCUGGGAGGGAACCGGCCCCGGGCAGCGGCACCCUCGGUGCUCAGCAGUGUCACACCUCUACUUCCAAGUAUACUCCAGCAGCCAGCGAGGACUCUCACCUACUACAGCAUACGGAAAGGGAAGAGGAAAAGCGUGAAAUCCGUUGUCAAAAGGUUCCUCCGGCUGCACAACGGCCUCUGGGUUAGGAGAAAGUCUGGCUACAAGAAGAAACUGUGGAAGAAGUCGGCUUCCCAGAGGAAGCGUCUGAGGGAGUUCGUGCUGUGCAACAGGACACAGUGUAAACUCCUGGAUAAAAUGACCACUUCCUUCUGGAAAAGGAGGAACUGGUACGUUGAUGAUCCCUACCAGAAGUAUCACGAUCGCACGAAUCUUCAGGUGUAGAAACCUCGGGUUGGUUUUUGCACCUCUGUAGGAAGGAAGGGGGGUUGGUCCUGUGCCACGGACUGGAUGCUGGAACAUAGAUCUGCAGUGCUUGUAACUUUUCUAAAUAAACAUGUGCGCAUCAUCUGAGCAGAAUUAUGCAAAUCAGUGCCCAAAAUAAAGGAAUGGCCAAGAUUCUCUCCA